AUGUCUAACAACACCAUACCAACAGUCGAGGGGGGCAAGAGAAUAGUUUUCACAGGAGGUAGUGGAAAAGCAGGGCGCCAUGUUAUCCCAUAUUUACUCUCCAAAGGACACAAGGUCUUAAAUCUUGACCUGAUUCCAUUCCCCGAUCCAUCUGUUGAUGUAUACACACUCAAAACGGACCUCACAGAUUCAGGCCAAGUUUUCAAUGCCUUCACAUCCCAUUUCAACAUGUCCGGAUACUAUGAAGGACCGGUGCCUGGUCCUCCAGAUGUGGUCAUACAUUUUGCCGCCUAUGCCCGAAACAUGCUUGUACCUGACAGCGAACUCUUUCAAGCCAACACUCGUAGCACAUACAACGUCAUUGAAGCAGCUAGCAAACUUGGCGUGAAGAAGGUCAUAAUAGCUAGCUCCGAAACCGUGUAUGGGGUAUGUUUCGCACAAGGAGAUACCGAUUAUCAUUCCUUUCCUCUGGAGGAAGACUAUGAUGUUGAGCCCGAAGAUUCUUAUGCUCUAUCCAAGAUAUGUGGCGAGAAGACUGCUCGUACAUUUGCGAAACGGUUCAAGUCAGAUAUAUAUGCGUUGAGAAUCGGGAAUGUGAUUGAACCACAUGAGUAUAAAAGAGACUUUCCAGGUUUCAUGGAAGAUCCUAUGUGUAGGAAACGAAAUGCAUGGAGUUAUAUUGAUGCAAGGGAUUUGGGUCAAAUUUGUGAUUUGGCGAUCAAGAAAAAUGACCUAGGGUUUCAAGUCUUCAAUGCCACAAAUGAUGGCAUCACAAUACCUGGGGAAGAAAACACAGAAGAUUUUUUGAAGAGAGUUUGUCCAGGAACGAAGGCCACAAGAAAGUUGGGAGAGAGGGAAGCACCAUUGAGCAAUAGAAAGAUCAGAGAAGUAUUGGGAUUCAAGGAACUUCAUGACUGGCGCAAUUAUGUCAAUUAA